AUGUUCUCUCUCUUGCCGGAGGCAACCUUCUCAUCCAAGCCCUCAUCAACUCAAUCCCCCUCUCCCUCGCCAAGGGUGGAAACCGCGGCAGCAACACUGAACGGCAAAUUCUAUCUCUUCUCCGGGCAAGGUGGCGUCGCCAUGACGCCUAUAGACGAACAAGGAUCUAUCUGGGAAUACGAUCCUAGCUCUGCGAGCUGGCAGCUCCUAUCUCCCAGAUCCAGGGAGAUACACCCUGCUGCACGCAGCUAUCACUGUACCCCCAGCGACGGCCACGACACGACCUACGUGCACUCAGGCUGUCCCGAGAAGGGUCGACUAUCGGAUCUAUGGGCAUUCAGUGUGGCGCAUAAGGAAUGGACGGAGCUUGCGCCGGCUCCUGGCCCUCCGCGCGGGGGUACGUCAAUCGCGUUUGCGGACGGCAAGCUGCACCGCAUGAAUGGGUUCGAUGGGAAGACGGAUUGUGUGCCUGAUGGGAAAGAGGGCCUGAUACCACGCAGUGUGAGCGCUCUGCUUCCAAUGUAUGUUGCGGACCGCCGAUGGUUGGUGACCUUGUUCGGAGAGCGGGACCCAAGUGCAUUGGGACACCAGGGGGCUGGAAAGAUGCUGAGUGAUGUGUGGGCAUUUGAUGUUGAAAAGACAACUUGGACGGAAGUGGACACCUAG